CAGAGGUCACGUGCUCCUCCUGUAGCGAGGCGCAUGUUGUUUACCUCGGACUGAUCUGAUCCAGACUGACCCAGACUAGACCCGAUCAGACCCGCACCAUGCUCCCGGGGCUCCGAGCCUCCCUGUCCGGCCUGCGCGCUUGUGUGAGCGCCGGCUCCCGGAGAUCGAUGACCCGCGGGGCGCCGCUGUCCCACAGCCGCCUCCCGAGCCUCGGUACCCGGCCACAGAUCCACAGCUGCACCGUGGACCCUGGACUCACGGAGCAGUUCAUCUUUGAGGACUGUGUGGACCCGAAACAAGACCUGGACCACGACUUGACAGAUGCGUUUCGGAUGCCCCCUGACCCUGCUCCUUUGACCUCUCGCGAGCACAUUAUCCCAGCACACAGGAAGAGGCGGGGCUUGGAACGGCAGCUACAGACUCUUAAGACCAUGGUGAGCCUGGAUGAGGACCAGAGCGAGAACCUGAUCCACUUCCAUGACUCCCCAACUUCAAGUCUGAGCCCAGCCCAGACUGGACCAGAUCCUGAUCUAGAUCCAGAUCUAGACCCAAGUGCUAGGUUCUCGUCAGUCCCCUGCUCUGGCUGUGGGGCUCUGCUGCAGACCAUAGACCCUGUGGUCCCGGGGUUCCUGCCUCUGCACCUCUUCAAGAACCUCCAAGACCAGGACCAAGACCAAGACAAAAAACAGGACAAAAACCUGAACAAAGACCAGGGAAAGACCAAAGGCAAACCCAAGUCCAGCUCGAAUCGGACUCUGUGCCAGCGCUGUCACCUCCUCACCCACCACCAGCAGAUCCUAGAGGUCACGCUGAACCAGGACCACUUCAGACAAACUAUCUCGUCCAGACUUCGCUCAGCCCGGGUCCUGGUUCUCCUGGUGGUCGAUUUGGUGGAUCUGCCCGACUCGAUCAUCCCAGACCUCCAGGACCUGAUUGGAUCCAACAAACAGGUGGCAGUAGUGGGCACAAAGCUGGACCUUCUUCCUGUCUUGACCCCGUUGGACGUGAGUUGUGUAAAGAAGCGGCUCCAGGAGUACAUCCACACUGUGACCGGGUACCAGCCGCUGUCCGUCAACCUGGUCAGUGCCAAGACCGGCUUCGGGAUCGAGACCCUCGUCUCGGGGCUCCACAGGGUCUGGAGACACAAGGGCGACGUGGUGCUGGUGGGGUCUGCUAACGCCGGGAAGUCCACACUCUUCAACGCUCUGCUCGAGUCCGACUACAACCGACUCUCAGGGUCCCGGAGGGCUACGGAGUCACCUUGGCCUGGGACCACUCUGAACCUGCUCAAGUUCCCCAUCCUGAACCCGACCCCAGCACGGCUCCUCCGACGCCAGCAGAGAUUGAAGGAGGACGCCAUGCUUCUCCAGGGUAUUGAACCGGGUACGACAGCGGGUACAGAGAACAGGAGGGGCCAGGAGUGUGGGUACGUUUCAGGGCAUGUCGGGAGAACGUUCAAAACCCUCUCCAGACCUGAGGAGAUCCAGUUUGAUCCAGACGUGCUGGCUUUUGGAGAAACGGAGGAUGGACUUAUGACCAGACCAGUUGCAGAGAAAAUUGAAGAGGAACUGGCUCCACACCAUGCGAGAGAUGCACACUGGCUCUACGACACUCCAGGAAUCCUCAAAGACCAAGAUAUGCUGAAGCUGUUGACCGAGCAGGAGAUCCGGGCUGUGGUCCCAGUCCAAGCUCUGGUUCCUCGGACUUUUGUGCUCAAACCAGGUUCUUGUCUGUUUGUGGGAGGUCUAGUCCGCAUCGACUUCAUCAGUGGCCCUAAGUCGGCAUGGUUCUCGGUUCUGGUCUCUGGUGAGCUCCCGGUGCAUGUGUCCAGUGUGGAAAGGGCGGACAGCGUGUAUGAGAAGCACGCGGGGGAGAGGCUGCUCGGGGUGCCCAUGGGAGGAGCCGAACGGAUGAAGACUUUUCCUAAACUCCUCCCCUCUGACCUCCAGAUCCAAGGAAAAGGCUACGAUGAAGCAGCGGCAGACAUCAAGAUCUCCUCUGCAGGUUGGGUGGCUGUGACUCCGCCUCCUGGUGAUGUCAUCGACGUGAGGGUGUGGUCUCCGGAGGGGGGUGCGGUCACUGUGAGAGUGCCCUCUCUGCUGCCUCGUGUGGUGAUGCUCAAAGGAGCACGCAUCAAGAAGUCUGCUGCCUACAAAACACGCAAACCCCCGACAAAACCACUGUCCAGCCAAUCAGGAGCCAAAAAGAGCAAAAGCAGGAAGGGGCAUGCUGGUGCUGCAGCGUCCAUUAUGGGUCAAUGAUAUGUAUGUAAUGCAUUUUCAGACUUUUGGAUCUUUAAGGUAUAUUUUGUAUCUAUGUACAGUACAAGUCAAACGUUUGGACACUUUUUUGUUUGUUUUUCUUUAUUUAGAAUGUAGAUUCUCACUGAAGCAUCAAAACUAUGAAAGAAAAAACACUUAAAAUAACUCCAAACUUGUUUUAGAUACAUCUUUUUUUGAUAGCCACUCUUUGCUCUGAUCCCUGGUUUGCACUUUUGGCAUUUUGAGCAGGUCAGUUGGUUGUUCUCCACUGAGGAAGGAGCCUGUUUUCUGCUGAUCUACUUUUAUCAGGGAAUUUAAAUAAAUCUGUCUCACUCCUAUUUAUUCCACAUUUUUUUGGUAUUUGGCAAUUUUUUGGCACUAUUUAAGAAGAAAACAGUGGACGAACAGCCAAUAUCACAUUUGGAAAUGUUCCUUAUUAUUGUCAUUUCAGAAAAUCUUAAACUAAUCUAUAAACACACAGACACAUGGGGCAUAUUUGGUGUCUUCAGUAUGUCUAUAAAAAGGAGAAAGUUGUUAACAAAGUAAACAAGUGUCCAGACUUUUGACUGGUAGUGUAUGUGUGUAUGUCUCCAGAUACAAAAACAUUGCACAUGAUGGCCAAGUUGUUGUUUAGUUGUUAUUUAUUCGUUCUCCAUGGACAGGUUGAGCAGACAGAAUGUGAUGAGCAAAGGAAAAAAACCUCCUCACAAUCAAGUUGAUGUGUGUGAUGUGUGGGCCUGUGUGUGUUUAUGAGCAUGUCUCCAGGCUUCAUAGUUACAUACUUACUUCAUAGACUUUUGGUGGUAUCAAACAGAUAUACAUAAAAUAGAAAUGAAGACAAAGAAUAUGAAAACCAUGUUAGAAGAAUAACACGGCUGCAUAUAAAUAUGUACACAUUCAUUGUUGAACAUAUGUACAGUUUUAUGGCUCUUGUUUUGUCAGAGCAAAAUCUUUGUGGAAAAUAAAAAAAAUGUUUUUGU